UAUAUGUUAUGAAUUUCUAACAUUUUUUCUACUCUUUUUGCAUCCGAGACUAUUUGAUAAAAUGUUUAUUACUCUUUCAUUUUAACUCUGAUCACUUACUCUUGCCAUUUAAGUAUACUAUAUGUUUCCCAACAUCAUCAAAUGGCUUUUAUGACCACCAUGUCCAUUUCUGAAAGGAAAAGAUUUACAUAACAAAUGCUAUAAACUUAACAAAAGGAACGUAGGGUCCAAUUUUAAACACAUGUUACAGCCUGUAUUUACAGGUUUCUUCUAUUGUUUUUUAAAAAAAUAUAUAAAUUACUAUUCUGAAAUCUCUAGAAUCAUAAUGCAGCAGUCCAUAGCAUUUUGAAACAUGUUGAGAUUAAGGCAUUACCAAUCAUGGCAAAAGCUCCCAGUAGGGUUCACUCAAUCAGUGCAUUAUGAUAUGUUAAGAAAAUCGAAUAAAGAAAAAACUGACAAAAGCUCUUACAAGGAGGACAUGAGACUCAAUUUUAUUUGGUAUAACACUUAUGAAGUCAGCUCUAAGACUGAAUUCAACUUCAUUGAGUCGCCUAAAGAUCGUCACAUCCACUUCCUUUAAACAGAGAGCGAUUCAAACAAACUCUUCUCCGUAUGAAUAAACUUACCUCUCGCGGAUUGAUAAGUACAUGCUGGUGUAAACAUAUAAAUAACUCACCGGUAUCAGUAACACCCUUCCCCGCUCCCACUGAAUAGAUAAGUACACUUUGUAUAAAACUCACACAUGAACAUCCUCUCCAAACAACAAUAAUACGAAAAUAUAUGUCUAUAUAUCGCAACAGAUAUUGUAUGAAAAUAAGAUAACUAUCAUAUAAUCAAUUCUUAGAAAAUCUAGCAAGUAUUUGCACUAUCGACACAAUAAUCCGAACAUCCGAAGCCGAUAAUGGUAGAUUACUUUGCAGCUGGUGUUAUCAAAUUCUAGAUUAUUGUCCCUCAACUUUGUACCAAAACGAGUUAGACUUUUGUUGAAGACCCAUAUAUUCAGUUCUAUAAUUGCGUCGCGUUGACAAAACUUGCAACAUAUAGAUACAUGAAUAUGAUGCAAUAAUACAACUAUAUGAAUGGUGGUUGAGGUCAUCACCCCCUUCUAAACUUUCCAUCUAUUUUUUAUUUGGAUUUCUUUCUUUUACACCCCAUAAAAUAUAAUACUUUAACAAAGAUCUCCUGCUGUUACCCAGAUCGCUUAGCACACCCUCAAUUUUAAGUUUAAUAUAUCACAUUUUUAACUAAGCCAAGUAUUGCGGUUAAUAUGUAAUCUUUAAAAUGAUUAAGUUAAAAUAGUUUAAUAGAAAUAUUUAUUCGAAAUUGGUGAAAAUAAAAAGGUAUAAUUCGUAAAAUAGAGGGACUUAUUGGAAACACUAAAAGAUAUUGGGAGUGGUUAUAUAAAACAAUGGAAGACAAAAGUGAUAAAAGGUGUUGUGUCGGAAUGAGAUCUGGUACAGAAUUAAAGAAAAAGGAAUAAAUCGAUUCGUGAGGGAUUGGAAGAAGGAUUCGAGGCGAUCAUUUGGGCGAUGAGGAAAGCUUGGAUGGAUGGUCUCUUGAGAGACAAUAAGACAAUGUUGAAAAGACAUGGCGAAGUGCUACCACACGAUGUCGUUGAGCUGAUCCUGGAGAAACUUCCUGUGGUGUCUCUGCUGAGAUCCAAGUCUGUAUCAAAGACGUGGAAAGCGACAAUCGAGUCCCCAAGUUUCAAACAGAGACAACUACUGAUCACCCUUAGGAAAUCACGAGGUCCAGAUAUCCUAUACGUGACCGGGUUUGGUAAUGAAGAAGAAAUAUUAGAAGAAGGUAAUAUUAUGGUGGGGUCUUGUGAAAUUCGCAGCCUCAAGUUCCCUACAAGGAGCGACAAGGUUUGCUAUGGUGCUUGUGACGGACUUGUAUGUCUUUUCAGCAACCGCAACCCGAGUGUCGUCUUUAAUCCCGCCACUAGAUGGCGUCGAAGCUUUCCUCAUUCGAGGGUUCAACCGCGCAUCAUCUCUAAAAAAAGAGUCUGCCACACCCGAGAACCUCAGCUAGGAUUGGGCAAAGACAAAGUCAGGGGCACAUACAAGCCGGUUUGGCUCUUUAACUCAUCUGAGUUUGGCCUAGACAAUGCCACCACUUGUGAAGUUUUCGACUUUACCACUAAUGCUUGGAGGUACGUCCUCCCUGCUUCUCCCUAUCGGAUUCUUGAAGGCCAGAAGCCUGUGUAUUUCGAUGGGUCGCUUUAUUGGUUAACCGAGUGUGUAGAAACCAAGUUGUUGUCUUUUGAUCUUCACACGGAAACUUUUCAAGUCAUCUGUAACGCCCCCUUUUCCCAUGUGCCUGACCCUCGCUUACUAGUCUUGUGCAUCCUCGAUAACCGCUUGUGCGUAUCCCUCAAAAUCUAUCCCACCACAACCCAAGUGAUAUGGUCACUCGACGGCACAUGGAAGCAAAUGUGUUCGAUAGAUCUCACCAAAACCACUUUUCAUGACCUUCCUUAUUUCCCCCGACCAGCACUGUUGCCAAUAGCUAUUGUAGACGAGACCAUAUUAUUGCUUGGUUAUAGCUGUGGUUCACCACUGGUGAUACAUGAUCUCCAUACCAAAUCCUAUGUUUUUGACUCCUUUCCUAAAAUGCUUGAAUAUCCUCUUUGUUAUUUUCCUAGUUUGUUCUCAAAUUGAACCAUUUUUCUUUGUAAUUUAUUAAUCACUUUUCCGCGCUACGCGCAGAGCGAUUGUUUAUUGUUUUUAUAGAUAUUUUGUUUAUGUUGUA